CUCAGCCUGACAGUCAUUGUGUCCCACAUACACACCCCUUCCUGGCAAGGGAAGGAUGCUGCGCAGCUCAGGAAAAACAGCAAAGGGGACACAACAAUCAGAGACAGGCUUCAUGGAGAACGGUGUGGCCCCUGAGCAGAAAGAAUGCAGAAGGGAAACGCAGAGAAAUAAAGAAGGAGCAGAAAAUGUGCCGGCUGCUCCAGUGCAAAGCCAGCCAACACCACACCCUCCCCGGAUAAGACCAAGGUUGGUGUUUCACACUCAGCUGGCACAUGGCAGCUCAACAGAAAGGAUUGAAGGCUUUACCAAUGUCAAAGAGCUUUAUGCUAAAAUUGCAGAGGUGUUCAACAUCUCUCCAACAGAGAUCUUGUUCUGUACCUUGAAUACACAUAAAGUAGACAUGCAGAAGCUGUUGGGCGGCCAGAUUGGGCUGGAGGAUUUCAUCUUUGCUCAUGUCAGAGGUGAAACAAAAGAGGUAGAGAUAACCAAGACUGAAGAUGCCCUAGGCCUAACCAUCACUGACAAUGGAGCUGGAUAUGCUUUUAUCAAGAGGAUUAAGGAAGGCAGCAUUACUGACAGACUGAAAAGUGUGAAUGUGGGUGACAUUAUAGAAGCCAUAAAUGACCAGACAAUUGUGGGAUGCCGGCACUAUGAAGUUGCCAAGAUGUUGAGAGAGUUACCAAAAUCAGAGACAUUCACUCUGCGAUUGGUCCACCCAAAACGUGCUUUUGAUAUGAUCGGACAGAGAGGAAGAUCCAGCAAGUGCUCAACUGAAACUAAAGUGUCAAGUGGAAGAGAAACGCUCCGCCUGCGAAAUAAAGGCAUGGCCACUGUGGAGGAAGUGCCGAGUGAAGUAGAAGAAGAGGCAUCAUGCAAAGUGGAUGACUUGUUAGAAAGCUACAUGGGGAUCCGGGAUGUUGAUUUGGCUUCAACGCUGGUUGAGAUUGCCAAAGAGAAACAAAAUCCAGAAGAGUUUGGCCGGGGACUGGACUCCGUGUUGGGCGAGUUUGCUUUCCCAUCUGAGUUUGUUCUGGAAGUGUGGGAUGCAAUUCAUCAAGCAGAAAACUGAAGUUUCUAUUCGAUUAAUAUUCACAUUCAUGUCCAGUUUCCUUUGAGACUCACUUUUCACAAUAACAAAAAAACUCCUACAUGGAAUUUAUUUGUGUCUUUUGACUAUUCUCUGUUUAAAAUAACAUAUUAACUGUGGAAAGAUUAUGCAGCCAUUGGUAAGAUUAGUGACUCAUGACUCUUUCAUGUUCUGAAAAUCAACAACAAUAUUUAUGAAUUGCUAAGAGCAAUAAAGAGAAAGUCAAAGGACCUAAAUUUACUUAACACAUAUACACAGAAUCAAAUGUGUUUAUAACACAUGCCUAACAAACUGUGCAAUAUGCUACCUUGUUUCUUCAUAUGGUUUGUUAACCAUUUAACACUUAAGUGUCUUUUUCCCCAAGUUUGCUGAAUGCUUAGUUUUUCUUAGUGCUCCAAAACGUCACUGUUUUUAACUUAUUAAUGUUAAAUAUGAACUAAACCCCAGAACCAUUCUGUCCAUAUAGUUUGUAUGAAUGCACAAUGUGUCUGUGUCAUUUACUAGUUCAAUGCAACUUAGGUUAUGCUCCAACAAAGUCCCUUAAUUAUCUGGGGUUGCUUCUGUCUCAAGUGUAUCUGCCAAAAUGGUAACAGCACGGCAAGUUGCUGGCACACAUUAGUAAGUGUUAAUUCAAACAUCCAAACAUUAUAACCAAGAGGUUAACGCAGAAGCAUUCAGGAAGAGGGUUGAAAAACUGAAAAAGUCCCUAACUUCCUUAAACACUGAUUCAAACUUGCUUAUUAGCACUGUCUACUGUGUUUAUUCACUAUGGAGAAUAAGUUAUUGUAAUGUGUGGUUAGUUUAAAUCAAGAGUAAAGGGUAUUGUAAUAAUGUUGCUAAGUUUGUAGCAGGUCUGAUAAUGCCUAGCAACUUAUCACCAUGUAGCAUUUACAGGUCAACUAUUUGAAAGAAAAACCUGGUUGUGAUGCGUUAUUAGACCGAUUGUAAACGUUGCAACUUUAAGUACAAGUAUGAAACCAUGAGCUUGCAUUUAUGUCACUAGUAGUUCUCUGUGAGUGAGUAAUAGUUUUCAGUUUUUCACUAAUAUGCUGUGUCAUAAUUUUAUCUAUGUAUUUUUUUUAAAUUUCUGUAGCAUAAAGGCAUAACAAUCUCGAAAGCUAUUUCUUUGUAUUGAGCCUGAUGUUUUGAGAUUAUUUAAAAACAAAAAAUAAAUUGUGUCAAUAAGUACAGAGAACUGCAAAAUAAAAUACUGCUUGAGUUCCAAUUACUUACAUUGAUGAAAUGUUUAAUAAAAUAUGCAUCUUCAUGGAACGGGACCCUG